AUGAAGAUCUCUGAGCAUUGCGUUCCAUUCAUCGUGACUCUCUUCCUGGUGACCCCGAUCUUCGGACAGGAAACUCUCAAUGUCACAGAUAACACGGGUGACGACCUCGUCAGCAUCGUACAGGGUGGGCCAAACCUGUGUACGUCAGAUGACAUUGCCAAAAUGGACGUGAGAGGCUGUACAUGCCCAUCGACUUUCCCACAACCACCCAGCAACCUGGUCUGCGUUACACCGUCGGGACAAUGUCCAAUCAACUGCAACCCCCCACCCCCGCCGUCACCGGUGAUACCUCGAGCAGAGCUCUCUCAAUGUUACUCGGGCUGUGUCGAUGCCAAUUUCGAAUGCAACGGCUGCUACAUCUGGUUCUCCAGUCUGUGUCGGUGCAUUCAGGACUUCCAAGCCGGAACCCAGACGACUUGUAUCGCCAGCCCUUCAAUUGGCGUUGGCCCGCCUCAACCCAACCAGUCCCCUUCGUGGGUAGUCCUUGGCGGUGGAGACUUGAUCACUACGACGAAUUUGAUACCGGGCAUUCUGCAAUUGAGUUCCGCUGCUGACGUGGACGGCGGAUUUCGGCUUGGUCAGGAUACACUCAACAACAGGGGUAUCAGGGGUACGGGAACACUUGCGAUAAACAGUGUCUCCACCCGCUCCGAGGAACAGAUUCAUAUCCAUGUCUGUGAUCAUCCUGGCAGUGCUGUGCGUGGUAUUCUUGAUGAGCUGCGUCGGGAUGAUUACAAGACAACAUCGUCGGUCGACCUGUCCGCCCUUCCUGAGCCGAGUGCUGCUAUGUCUUGUCGGGCGUCGCCUAACAGGGGUGAAGACAUCAAUAUAGGCCGCGAUAUUGUUGAUUGGCUGACGCAGUUUGCUGGCACGACGACCUGUGCUCAAUAUGAUGUUGGUGCUGGGGUUAUUGUUGAUAGCAAUGAUCACUCUUGGGCUUGUAUUACUACGGGUCAUAGGGCUUCCGAGACGCUGUUUUGCAGUGAUUGA